AUGGAGACUACUAGCAGAUCUCAGCAGUUCCGUUUACCCAUAUCCAAGAGCUUCUCCUUUAUCAUUCCCGAUAAGUGGAAGACUAACCCAUCUAUCCUUCGCUGGAUCGAUAACGUUCCUGGUCCCGACAAACGAGAGGAAUCUCUAGGACCUGCGCGCAUUCAAACCCCCAAACGCGCCUUUGAGACGCCCGAUAUUGGCGACAGCCGUGACGACGAUAGCUACCACGCCAAGCGGACAAGAAUGGGUUCUUCUCUAAGUAACAAGGAUGCCAACAACAGGCGUGCAAGCUUCGCUUCUUACGGCCGUGGGCUUGUUCGCCGAGCUUCUAAUAUAUGUCGCCAAGUUAUUAGCUCUGAGAAACCCCAAGAGACCUUUGACGGCUCUACCGUUCGCGGAUCGCUCUCAUUGCCUGGAUCACCAGCUACGCUCGUUGAUCGUCCUCGCAUGAGAUUCGUCUUUGUCGGAGAUUCUGGCUGUGGAAAGUCAAACUUGUUACUCCGUUAUUACCGCGAUGCGUUUAAUCCAGCGCAUAUCAGAACCCAUUAUGAGCUGUUCAACAAGGUCGCCGCAGUAGAUGGACAGGAUUUCGAUCUUGAACUUUGGGACACAUCUGGCGAUCUCUCACUUCACCAGCUCCAACUCCUUUCCUACCUCGCGUGGGAUGCUGUGUUCCUGUGCUUCAGCAUGGAGAAUAUUGCGCGCUUUAAGACCGUCCAGAAGAAGUGGAUGGACGAAGUCUACAAGUACUGUGGCGAUAUUCCGUUUAUACUGCUUGGCCUGAAGAAGGACACAUUCACCGGCUCCAAUAUGCGGGCCCCUUUCCAUCCAGACUUGAAUAUUCCGGUUUCUACUACCCAGGACUCCUCUGGAGCGACGAUCGUGCGCGGAAUCAAGUACAUGGAAUGCUCAGCCAAAACUGGCGAGAACGUGAAUCGCGUGUUCGAGGAAGCUGUCCGAAUGGUAGUCUACGAGCGGGAAGAACAAGAGGCGCUUGCCCGGAUUCGCCAGAAGUAUGGCGAGUCGGACUCUACAGGCUUGAGCUUAAAGACGUGCUUCAAGUAA